AUAAGAGCAAACAUGCGUGUAAUUGGAUAAUUUUUGAUAAAAUUUUAUUAAGGCUGAUCAAGAAAAAUCAAUGCAAAUUGCAACACGCUAGAGAUAGCGAAUCACAUUUGUUUUCUUUGGGAUAAUUCUGCAAGACGAAUUUCUUUGAUCGCGGUAUUUAAAUGCCGUAACGACAGGAAACAUUUAAACUUGUGCUUAAAGCGGUGCUUAAGGAAAACAGAAAACGAUUUUAUAGCAAACAUUGAAUCAUCAAAAUUACGAAUAGAGUAAUUUAGAGAGGGAAGUCAAGUUAUAAGGUCAGGAAACUAGGGACCUGGCAAAAUUUCGACAGUUUAUCAGUGUUUCUCUAUGAAACAAAAGGAAAAUGAAAACUUAUAUUGUGCAUAUUAAGUUAAAAGUGAUUUUUUCAUGAAAUAGGAUUUCGUUAAAUCAGUAUGUUUGUGUUUCAGAGAAUAUUUCAAAACGCUGAAAUGUAUUUAUCAAAGAAUAUAAGGAAGUAAAUAAAUGGUGAAGAUGGAGACAAAAUGACGACGCCGAAAACAUUAAUUAUUUUUAUGUGUGUUCUAAACGUUAGCUGUUCCGUUCCAGGUUGCCCGUCAACAGCAAAAGUGCUAUAUGCCGAGCAGGCACCACAAUUUAUAUCAUCACCGAACUAUCCCGGCUACUAUGGUGUAUUUAACUCACGACUUUCAUGUCUAUGGUUGAUCACCGCCGCAGACAUAUAUGAUGACGUAGUUAUACAAGUACAGGUUCUGAAUUCAUCUAUAGAACCUGCAACCGGAUGUUGGAGAGACGUCGUUAGCGUCAUAGACGUACAUGUAUAUUCUUCCUUUAAAUUUCAGGUCCUCGGGAUUUUACCACAAUUAAAGAGCUGGUGUGGCUACUCGUGGCCGAAGAGCACAAUAACCAGCACGGGUGACAAGGUACUGGUCAAGUUCACAACGGACUUCAAACUCAAUGACUACUAUGGUUUCAUGCUGGCAUACUGGGUAGCCAAGAAACCUGUACUUAUUGUAAACGAGUCAAAAUGGACUGCUAUAAACUAUGUUUUAUUAGUGAUAAGUGCCCUGUUGUUAUUUGGUGGUCCAGCCUGGGUACUUGGUUUAUACUUCAAGAGGGAACUUUAUCCGAAAAUUGUGAAAUAUCGCAAAGAAAACUAACUGCACAUGCUAAAGAUGAUGUCUAUUUUAGAUUGAAUUGUGACAAGUAGGUAAAAUAUAAGACGGUUGGCGAACAAACAUCUUAAUGUACAUGUACAUAUGGCAUCAUGCCUGGAAGAAUUAAAUAUCUUUCUACCUAGAAAGAGAUUGAUUCAAUAAAUGUCAGGUGGAAAGACAGAUCAACAUUGGUCAAUUCUGUGGUGUAUGAUUACACUGUUAAAAUAUGCAAUAAGUUAAACUGUUUAUUUAAAUUGUGAUAUUAUACAAAAAAUGACAUUACAAUAUAUGCAGAAUAAUAUAUCUGGUGAUAAUUAAGGUAUGUAAAUAUAAACAUUGUAUGUAAAUAAAUGCUUUUGUUAUUAAUAAUGUUAUUUGUAUUAUUACUUCAUGCUAUCUGUUGUAAUAA